AUGGACCACGUGACUUCGCGCGACGGCACGCGUGCGCCGUGCACGCCUCCAGAGCAAACCGACAGGGAGUCACCAGAGCCUGGGUACAACAUGCCAAAAGCCGAAUUGUCCGACUUCGAGCAGCAGCGAUUGGCGAACAUCGCCGAGCGCGAUGCUCUCUUGAAGCAAUUGAAAAUCGAGUCCUCCCCCGCGGGAGUUCUCACCCCGAAAGCCACGAACAACAGCGCCGCCAAGUCCAAGAAGCGAUCGGCACCCAAGACAGUAACACCCAAGCAGGAACUUGAUACGCCACGUCGCACAUCAUCGCGCCUCAAAGGAAUUGCGGCAGAGAGCGAGGUCGCGAAGCGCAAGGCCGAUGAUGAGUUCAAUGCGAUGCGCGAGGCCGAUCGUGCCAAGCGGAUGCGCCGAACUGACUCUUACACCCAGGCUGACAUGUUCGUUGCGGGGCAGAAGCUCAGCGGUGAUAGUCUCAUUGGUGUGGAUGUCAUCACGAAGGGCGUCGCACAGCCUUAUGAGAGAACAUUCGGCGAUGAUGAUAUCAAGCAAACCUCUGAUAAAGAGUUGAAAGCUCUUCGCGAAGAGAUGAGUGGACUGUCACUAUGGGAGUCGUGGGAUCCGCAGAGAAUCAAAAUCACCCCCGAGCGCGUGUACGCCAUGACGUUUCAUCCCUCUGAAACCAAGCCUCUCAUAUUUGCCGGUGAUAAGAUGGGUCACCUUGGAAUGCUGGACGCUUCACAGACAAAGCCAGAAGUUGAUGAUGAUGAUGAAGACGCAGAAGACCCGGACCCCGUCCUGACCACAUUGAAGCCUCAUACACGGACAAUCAGCGGUAUGAUGAUCAAUCCAUCCAAGCCCACCCAUCUAUACACGGCGAGUUAUGACAGCUCGAUUCGCUCUAUGGAUCUAGAGAAAAUGGUGUCGUCCGAGGCAUAUGCUCCUCAAUCAACAAACGAUGAUGAGGCCGUUUCCAGCGUUGACAUGGCCCCGGAUGACCCUAACGUUCUUUACUGGACCACUCUGCAGGGUGAAUUUGGGCAGUACGACCUGCGCAUUCCAUUGAAAGAAGCAGAUGUUUCGCGCUGGCAGCUAUCGGAGAAGAAGAUUGGCGGGUUCUCUCUGUGUCCCUCGACCCCCAACUACUUUGCCACAGCAAGCCUUGACCGGUUCAUGAGACUGUGGGAUCUACGCAAGUUGUCAUUUGACGACCCUGUUCCUGUCGCUGAGCACGAGAGUAGGCUUUCGGUCUCACACGCCGCUUUCAAUGCUGCCGGCCAGAUUGCAACGUCUUCUUAUGAUGACACAUUGAAGAUUUACGACGUGGGUGCUAAAGGCAUGUCUUCCUGGAAAGAAGGACAUACUUUAUCCGACUUUACCAGCUCUACCGUCGUACGUCAUAACUGUCAAACUGGUCGUUGGGUUACCAUUCUUCGCCCACAAUGGCAGCUCAACCCUCAAUCAUCUAUCCAGCGAUUCUGCAUCGGCAAUAUGAACCGCUUUGUGGAUGUAUACAGCGGUAAUGGAGACCAGCUAGCCCAGCUAGGCGGCGAGGGAAUCACUGCUGUUCCCGCCGUUGCGGUCUUCCACCGCAGCAAGAACUGGGUUGCUGGCGGCACUGCUAGCGGCAAGCUUUGUUUGUGGCAAUAG